AUGCUUGUGGUACCUGAUUAUGAUCCUUAUAAUCCAAUUCCUUUGGAUGUAAACGAAGGUUUGGAGCGCUACUUAGAAUUCGAAUCCUCGAUUGCGCUUAAUGAGGAUCACAACAAGAGCAAACUCAAUCUUGCUUUGCGAUUUCGGGCUAUGCUUGUGAUAUUCAAAUACUCCAAGCAUGAAUACUUUGAUCCUUUGGUACCUUAUCUCGCUCUAAGCUAUUUUGAUCGCUUUUUCGCAAGGGGAAAUUCUUUGCCGAGUGUAAUGAGUAGUGAUGACCACAAUGUGGAAUUAAUGGCUAUAUGCUGCCUAACACUUGCUUGGAAGAUGAGAAAAGGAAAUUUCAAAUUCUCUAAAUUGAAGGCAGAUAAACCAGAACUAGAAAUCCUUAAAGUGGAGAAAUUCAUGGCAAUGGAGUCUAACAUUCUUGACGGACUCAACUGUGAUCUGCGUGUUGUGACAGCCUUAUGCUUUGUGCCGUACUUUGUUCCUAAAUUUGGCUCCACUGAUGGAUUCAGUUACAGAACCAUCAAUGAAAUCAUUAUAAAUUCACAAGAGAGCAACCUUGUCAAGAAACAAAAGCCUUCGGUUAUUGCGGCAUUAGCUUUACUUAUUGCUUCCUCACAUCUGUAUCCUCAGCAAUUUCACAGUUUUCGUGAUCAAAUAAUAUCAGAGGGAAUCAUCAGAGAAGAGCAUGUAAAGGACUGCAUGGACCAUAUGAUUAAGCUGUGUCGUUCUUCGAAACUUAUUUUUGAAACUAAUAAGCCUCGAAGACUGGUACAAGCAGAAGUGAAAUGUGAGCAACGCGGUGAUGAAACAACUGAACAAGUGGGUGGUGAAACAUAUGAACAACACAAUACUGAAAAAUCCCAAGAAGAUGCUGCUACGAAGUCUACACAAGAGGUUAAUGAAACUUCAAAACAAUCCACUGCUGAAGAAACUAAGGAAGACACUGCUGAUGUAUCUGAACAAGACCCUGCUGAGAAUUCAUUUCAAAUAGCUGACGAAGAAUCUAAACGAGAUGCUGCGGGGAAAACUAAGCAAGGGGCUGAAGAUCCAUCGUCUAAACAACUCACUGGUGAAAAAUCUGGAGUGCUGGACACAAACUUGCAGAGAGAAGCUGAUAAAGGGAAGAAGAAAGUGGGAGAGACGGCAUCAGAAAUAGCACAGAUGGCAGAAGAGAAGGAAGAUAGGAACUUUAACUUUUCACUUAGAUGGCCAAUGGGAGAAGUAUAUGGAAAAACGAUGACCAUCUUUCGCAGUGACUCUGAUUCAGGGUCAACUCUAAAGACAUCUGAAAAAGAAAAAAAUGAACCUGAACCAGUGCAAAGUGAAGAUGACAGCAGUAUAAAUUUAGAGGCUAUACAGGCUAGUAUGAGAGCCCAAUCUCGAGAGGAUAUAGAGGCUCGUAUGAGAGCCUCAUCUCGAGAUCGAGUGCUGGACUGGCUCAUGUUCGAUGCCUCCUGA